GUGGAUUAUAAACACACCAACAGAUGGACGAUACGGGGUAGUAGACUGGCUUUUUGCAUUAUUAUUUAUUGCGGAGUUUGUUGGAUUGCUUCUUCAAUAUGUAUUUUAUCAACAGUGAAGCCCCGAUUGCAUGGCAGGUACGGGCCUUCAUCCUUGUUUUUCUCAUUGAUUCGGCAGUCAGUCAGAUCCGUUACUCCGUACCGGAGGAGAUGAGAAAAGACUCCUUUGUAGGAAAUGUGGCCGAAGAUUUAGGCAUCGACUCUAAAAGACUGAUGACAGGCGGUGCUCGAAUUGUUAGCGGCGAUAGCAGCGAGUUUAUUAGGCUGGAUGCAGACAAAGGGAUUCUUGUCGUGGGAGAAAGAAUAGAUAGAGAGCAGCUCUGCGGGCAGUCAGCGCCCUGCAGCUUGAAUUUUGAAAUGAUUAUGAUAAAUCCAAUGCAACUUCAUAGCGUUGUCGUAGAAGUCUUAGAUGUAAAUGAUAAUGCACCUCUGUUUCAUGAGAAAGAAGUGCGCGUAGACAUACUAGAAUCUGCUCUCCCAGGCACCGAAAUAUUACAAGAGAGUGCCACCGACCCGGAUGUCGGCAUCAACGCUUUACGCAGUUAUACGUUACACCCAACAACACAUUUUAAUAUAAAGGUACUGUCCAGCCCAAAUGGUCAUAAAUAUGCACAGUUGUAUCUUUCUACUGCCUUAGACCGCGAGAAAGAGCAAAAUAUGAUUCUUACGCUAACUGCUGUGGACGGCGGGGAACCACAACGAUCAGGGACACUUAAAAUCCAUGUAACUGUCCGAGACACGAAUGACAACGCUCCGGUUUUUACUCAAUCAAUUUUCAAGGCAUCUGUUAAAGAAAAUGUUCCAAAAGGAACCUUAGUGGUGAGCUUGAGUGCAACCGAUGCAGAUGAAGGGAUGAAUGGCCUUGUCACAUUCCACUUUAAUCGCAUGUCUAGUAAUGUUGCUGAACUUUUUCAUUUGGAUGAAAACACCGGCGAUUUAACUGUAAACGGAAUGAUUGAUUACGAGGAGAAUAACAUAUACGAGAUUGGUGUGCAAGCAAAAGAUCAAGGUGGACAAAGCACAUCGACAAAUGUUAUAAUUGAGGUGACUGACGUAAAUGACAAUGCACCUGUAAUAACAGUAACGUCGUUCUCUAGUGCCAUCGCAGAGGAUUCUCCAAGUGGAACUACUGUAGCUAUUAUAAACAUCAAAGAUUUAGAUUCUGGCAAAAAUGGAAAAGUAGACUGCUCAGUUAACGGCAAUAUCCCGUUUGCAAUCCAAUCAUCUCUAAAGAAUUAUUAUACUCUAGUGACAAACGGUGUCCUUGACAGAGAGCGUAAUCCUAAUUACAAUAUCACUUUCACGGCUAUGGAUGAAGGUAGCCCACUACUGUCGACUAACAAAACAAUAACACUUCUGGUGUCUGAUGUAAAUGAUAACGCACCCAUGUUUGAACAGAGUCAUUAUGAAGCUAGUGUCAUGGAGAAUAACGCCCCAGGAUUAUCUGCGUUUUCCGUUAAAGCACACGACUCUGACUCCGGGCAAAACGCACGAGUGUCUUACCUGCUUAUUGAUACUCAGAUAAACGGUAACCCAAUAUCCACUUACAUAUCUGUGAACCCAGAAAGUGGAGUUAUUCAGGCAGUUCGAACAUUUGACUAUGAGCAAAUUAAAACUCUAAAUAUUUUCGUGAAAGGACAGGAUGGAGGCUCCCCGCCUUUAAGCAGCAAUACCACAGUUAAAAUAAAUAUUCAAGACCAGAACGACAACCCUCCUCAGGUUCUGUACCCAGUCCAGACUGGUGGCUCUCUGGUGGCUGAAAUGGUGCCUCGUUCAGUAGAUGUGGGCUAUCUGGUCACUAAAGUGGUGGCUGUGGAUGUGGACUCUGGACAGAAUGCCUGGCUCUCCUAUAAACUGCAGAAAACCACAGACAGGGCGCUGUUUGAAGUGGGCUUACAGAAUGGAGAAAUAAGAACUAUCCGCCAAGUCACUGAUAAAGAUGCUGUGAAACAAAGACUGGCUGUUAUCGUGGAGGACAACGGGCAGCCCUCUCGUUCAGCUACAGUCAUUGUUAACGUGGCGGUGGCGGACAGCUUCCCUGAAGUGCUGUCUGAGUUCACUGACUUUACACAAGACAAGGAGUACAACGACAACCUGACUUUCUACUUAGUGCUGGCUUUGGCUGUAGUUUCCUUCCUCUUCAUCACUUGUCUAGUUGUUAUUAUAUCGGUGAAGAUCUACAGGUGGAGACAGUCUCGCGUCAUGUAUCACUCCAAUCUCCCUGUGAUUCCGUAUUAUCCACCACGUUACUCGGACACUUUGGGGACAGGGACUCUCCAACACGUGUACAACUACGAGGUGUGCAGGACGACUGACUCCAGAAAGAGUGACUGUAAGUUCGGCGGAGCCGGUAGUCAGAACGUGCUGAUAAUGGACCCCAGUUCUACAGGGACGAUGCAGCGGAUACAGAAUGAGAAGAGCAUCCUGGAUGAACCAGACUCGCCUCUGGAGGUGAGACCGUUGACACAUUAA